AUGGCGACACAGCCGGCAGGCCUUCUCCUCUUCGUCGCUGUCCUCCUCGCCGGCGCCGCCACGUCCGCCCGUGGGUUCUACCUCCCUGGCGUCGCCCCGGCCGACUUCCGCAGGAAGGACCCGCUGGCCGUGAAGGUGAGCCAGCUGAGCUCCACCAAGACGCAGCUGCCCUACUCCUACUACUCGCUCCCCUUCUGCCGGCCCCACGCCAUCGUCGACAGCGCCGAGAACCUCGGCGAGCUCCUCCGUGGCGACCGUAUCGAGAAUACCCCUUACGUCUUCGAGAUGAGGGAGCCAAGGAUGUGCCAGAUCGUCUGCAAGACCUCCUUCACCCAGGAAGGGGCCAACGAUGUCAAGGAGAAGAUCGACGACGACUACCGCAUCAACAUGAUCCUCGACAACCUCCCGCUGGUCGUGCCGAUCAACAGGAUGGACAAGGAUGCGCCCACCGUCUACCAGUACGGCGUGCACGUCGGCAUCAAGGGCCAGUACUCCGGGAGCAAGGAGGAGAAGCAUUUCAUCCACAACCACUUGACGUUCCUGGUGAAGUACCACAGGGAUGCCGAGACGGAUUUUGCUAGGAUCGUCGCCUUUGAGGUCAAGCCGUUCAGUGUCAAGCACGAAUAUGAUGGUGACUGGAAGGGGAACGCGACGCGCCUCAAGACCUGCGAUCCGCAUUCUCGGAAGCUCGUUUUGGACUCGGAUUCUCCUCAGGAAGUAGAGGCCAACAAUGACAUCAUCUUCUCCUACGAUGUGAAUUUUGAGGAAAGCGAUAUCAAGUGGUCGUCGCGCUGGGACAGCUACCUCCUGAUGACAGACGACCGGAUCCACCGGUUCUCCAUCGUCAACUCGCUGAUGAUCGUGCUCUUCCUGUCCGGGAUGGUGGCCAUGAUCAUGCUGCGGACGCUGUACCGGGACAUCACCAAGUACAACCAGCUGGACGUGGAGGAGGAUGCGCAGGAGGAGACCGGGUGGAAGCUCGUCCACGGCGACGUCUUCAGGCCCCCUGCAAACGCUGAGCUUCUAUGCGUGUACGUCGGCACGGGCGUCCAGUUCUUCGGGAUGCUGCUUGUGACCCUGCUCUUCGCCAUCCUCGGGCUCCUCUCGCCGUCGAACCGGGGCGGGCUCAUGACGGCCAUGCUCCUGUCGUGGGUCUUCAUGGGGUUGCUCGCGGGGUACUCCUCGGCGCGCCUCUACAAGGUGUUCAAGGGGUCAGAGUGGAAGAAGGUCACCAUCAAGACGGCCACGAUGUUCCCUGGGAUCGUGUUCGCCAUCUUCUUCGUCCUGAACGCGCUCAUAUGGGGCGAGAGGUCCUCUGGAGCCGUGCCGUUCACCACCAUGACUGCGCUGGUGCUCCUCUGGUUCGGCAUCUCCGUGCCGCUGGUCUUCGUCGGGAGCUACCACGGGUCCAAGAAGCACCCGGCCAUGGAGGAUCCGGUGCGGACGAACAAGAUCCCGCGGCCGAUCCCAACGCAGCCGUGGUACAUGCACCCAGCCGUGACGGUGCUGCUCGGCGGCGUGCUGCCCUUCGGGGCGGUCUUCAUCGAGCUCUUCUUCAUCCUCACCUCCAUCUGGCUGCACCAGUUCUACUACAUCUUCGGCUUCUUGUUCCUGGUCUUCGUGAUCCUGGUGGUCACCUGCGCCGAGAUCGCCGUCGUGCUCUGCUACUUCCAGCUCUGCGGCGAGGACUACCGGUGGUGGUGGAGGUCCUACCUGACGGCGGGGUCCUCGGCGGUGUACCUCUUCCUGUACGCCGGCUUCUACUUCUUCACCAAGCUGGACAUCACCAGGGCCGUCUCCGGGGCGCUCUACUUCGGGUACAUGCUCAUCGCCUCCUACGUCUUCUUCGUGCUCACCGGCACCGUCGGCUUCUGCGCCUGCUUCUGGUUCACCAGGCUCAUCUACUCCUCCGUCAAGAUCGAGUAGAAGAAGUUGAAUAGCU